CGCUCCGUUAGUCAUGGCCUACCCGGGAUAUGGAGGAGGGUUUGGAAAUUUUAGCAGUCAAAUGCCAGGAAAGCAGAUGCCAAUGGGAUACCCACCACCUGGAACAGGUGCAAGCAUGGUCCCUGGUGGAUACCCUGGAUACCCAGCAUAUUCAUACAGCUAUUCCUCAGCUGGUGACCCCAUGUGGAGUUACUUCACUGCUAUUGCUGGACAGGAUGGUGAAGUGGAUGCUGAAGAACUUCAGAUAUGUUUGACACAGUCUGGAAUUAGUGGAACUUAUACUCCUUUCAGUUUGGAAACCUGCAGAAUUAUGAUUGCCAUGUUGGAUAGAGAUUACACAGGAAAAAUGGGAUUUAAUGAAUUCAAAGAGCUUUGGGCUGCUCUUAAUGCCUGGAAGCAAAACUUCAUGACUAUUGAUCAAGACCGAAGCGGCACAGUAGAACAUCAUGAAUUGGGUCAAGCCAUUGCUCUUAUGGGUUAUAGAUUGAGUCCUCAGACGUUAACUGCUAUUGUUAAACGUUAUAGCAAGAAUGGCAGAAUCUUCUUUGAUGAUUAUGUUGCUUGCUGUGUAAAGCUUCGAGCAUUGACAGAUUUCUUUAGGAAAAGAGACCACUUACAGCAAGGGUUUGUGAAUUUCAUGUAUGAUGAUUUUUUACAGGGCACUAUGGCAAUUUGAACGUCUAGAAUUCAAAAGCUGAAGAAAUACUGUGAAUUCUUCUGUUUGGAAGAAAUGAACUGGACUAUUUCAAAUUAAAACUAUUGGGGCUUUUCCAUGUUUUUCCUGCUUGUUUCACCUCUUCCCAUUCUAGGUGCUUUCACUUUGCUACAUAGUUCAGAGCAAUAAAAGAUUUUUUUUUAAAUUUG